AUGGGUUCGCAGGCGCUGCAGUUCAACGUGCCGUCGCAGGCGCGGGGCGGCCGCGGCGCUGUGGCGCGCCGAGCGGUGCACGACGUCGGGACGUAUCCGCGCUGCCGUCGCAUUGUGGCCGCGCGCGCCGCGAAAGCCGGCUCGGCGCCCAGCAAGCCUGCGGAGCAGUCCGGCGCGGGCAGCAAGCGCAGAAUCAUCAUGCUGCGGCACGCGCAGGCCGACGCGGACGCGCAGGUCGAGCGCGACUUCGACAGGCCGCUGUCGGUGGUCGGGAAGGAGAAUGCCGCGAAGCUCGCGAAGAACCUCCUCGACAAGGGCCGGCCAUGGGCGCCGGAGCUCGUGCUUGCCUCGGACUCGGUGCGGUCCCGGCAGACCAUCGAGGAGCUGUGCGAGGCCAACGCCGCGCUCAAGGCGGCCGCGCAGAGGAGCUACGGGUCGCUGUACACGGCGGCAGCGAUGGACGGCGUGACGCUCGAGCACAUCAAGGAGCUCGUCGUGCAGGAGGCGGAGGACUCCGUGGCGUGCGUGCUGUGCGUGGGGCACAACCGCGGGUGGGAGGAGGCGGCGUCGGGGCUGGCCGGGCGCAAGGUGCGUCUGGAGAACGCGUGGGCGGCGCUGCUGGAGACGGCCACGGCGGCGGAGACGUGGGCGGACGCGUUCGCGGGGCGGUGGGCGCUCGUGGGCAUCGUGGGACCGGACCGCGAGAUCGACGUCGAGCCAGCCGGACCGACCGCGGCCUUCCCGGCCAUGUGA